AUGAAGCUCUUUAACUGUGUUCUUUCAACCCUUAUCCUAAUCUCUUUUAUCAUUCUUGCUACCAAUAUUGAGAUGGGUUUGGUGGAUAAAAUAUGCAAGAUACGGAGCGACCGUUUCUCAGGUGUAUGCUUUAGCAAUAACAGUUGUGCUAUCAUCUGCCAACUAUUCGAGAAAUUUGAAGGCGGUCAAUGCGAAUUUGACGGAGUCUUCAGUCGUUGUUUAUGCACCAAAGCCUUGUGCUUAGCCUUCUGUUCUGUUAGUGCAGAGAUGGUUAGAGAGUGUGCUGUUGCUGGUCGUGGUCGAGGGCGCGAACGUGGUCCUGGACGCGGACGUGGUCGUGGUAGGGACAGAGUCCCAGUUGUUAGCGAGACUGUGGACCAGAGUGUGACAGCUGAGGGUGUUGACGAGUCGCAUGGUUUCUAG